AUGUUGAAAUGUUUCUUGGUGCUCAAAAAGCUCUUUGUUCCUAUUCUUAUAGUUUUGGCUAUUUCUGGAUUGAGGAAAGCUUCGAUUGAUGGUAAAACACGGCUGACAGCACAUCCAACUGAUACAAAGGAUGCUGUGAUGCUGAAUUCCACAAAUCUCAAUAAAAAGAGGCACAAGGUGCCGGUUUUUGGCUUUACCAAAACACGUAAAGGACCUAUAUGGGGCUUACAUCCUGAUGGUAUCGUGCUUAUUCCAUGCUUUACACUAUGGGUGUUUACGGCACCUAAGAUUGGUAGAUGGCGUUCUGUUCUAGAAAAUUUACCCAAAGUAGCCGAAAAAAUCAAAUGGGAGAAUCGAGUCCACAAACUAAUGUGGCGAGGAGCGCGAAAUGGAGGCCGCCAAUGGUUGACCGACAUUGGCCAGAGAAAAGACGACCCAGCGUUGGACAUAGAGUUCAUUGAUUGGAAACCAAGCACUCUUAGUGCCCAUUAUUCUGAGAAUUUUAAAAAUAUACAGCAGUUUUGCCAGUAUCAAUAUCUACUCCAUCAAGAGGGUUGGUCUUACUCCAACAGAUUGAAGUAUUUACUUCUUUGUGGAUCACCCGUGAUUUUUGCAAACUUUCGUGGCUGGGAAGAAUAUUGGUAUCAUUUAUUGAAACAUGACUACAAUGCUCUAAUUUGGAGAGACAGAGACAAUGGAGAGUCAUUCCAUAAUUUAACGCGAAAUUUAAUGCAUGAUCCUCAGAAAGCAAAGUUCAUUGGAAUAAAUGGCAAAAAUUUAGUACAAAAAUAUCUCAAUGAGCAGGCUAUUCUUUGUUAUCUCAGGAAUGUGCUCAUUGAGUACGAAAAGCUAUUUGCUUAUAGACCACGAAAGCAUCUUAAUGCGGUCAACAUCGAUGAGUUUUUGGUAGGAUACUCAGCUUAG